UGGCUCUUUUGCUACAUAGAGCAGCACACACUAUUAACUGCUGAGCUAUCUCUCCAGCCCCAAAGCUGCUGUAAUUUCCUUCUUGUGUACUGAUAGGAAAAUACUAAGUCUUAUAUAUUUCUGUAAGAGCUGAAAACUCUGUAAGUACAGUUGUAAGUACAUACUGUACAUUAUAACAAAUUAAUCUUGAAUCUGAGCUGAGAUGUCUCAAGUAGCAUUGGUUGACACUGGGUAAUAUGACAGCAUGUGCAGUACAUAAUGUUCAUAUUGUAUGUUCAGAACCAAGGCUGUAGUGAAGUUGUGUAAUACAACACUGGACAAAUACAGUAAUACAUUUGCAAAGAGCUUUGCAAAUACAUUACACACAUCUUUAUUUCAUAGCAUUUUAAAAAUCAGACAUCUAGCAUGCUUGAAGGUUAGUGAUAAAUAAAAACAGGUUAUCAAUGAGUGGGUACCCUUAAGAACUCAACUUCUAUCUAGUGUAUUAUUUGUAUACACUUACUUUUAAACACUGUAUCUUUGCUACCAAUUAUUGGUCUCCUUCUUCAGGACUGAAUCAAGCCACUUUAUAGUCUUUUUCCCCUCUCCCUUCCUCUCUCUCCCUACUCUUGAGUUCUUUGAAUGUGUGACUCAUCCUUAAUGUGUAGGUUUAAAAAAGAACUUGGAUCUUGAUGUCAGCAGAAUCUAGAUUGAAAUCCUGGCUCCAAGUUAUUAAUGUGCCAUUGAGUAAAAAGCGCUUUAGUUUUCUGUGCCUUAGUUUCUUUAUUCCUAAGAAUUUAACAGGCCUUACUUUGCAGUGUUUUUAUAAAUCUUCUGGAUUUUUAUAAUGAUAUCUGAAAGGUUGUAACUUAAUUUCAAACUUUAAUAAACAUGUUUAGUAAGGAUAUAUGUAUAGAAAGUUACACACACACACACACACACACACACACACACACACACACACAGGUCCACUAAGUGGUAUUGCUUAAAAAUACUAAUUCUGCAGUUACAUGGCCAUUUGGGAAUGAUAUCUAUUCUAAGUAACAAACUAUCUUCCCCUUGAGUUUGAUUUUGGUGCAAGCAUGUUGCAUGUCGGCAGUCAGCUAAUGGGCUGGUAAUUCAGUAGUUUAGAAAGAUUCCUAUAAUGAACAUCUGCUUUCAGAGAUGCUUGUGUACACUCGGCCCUGCUUUUGCAUUUAUGCUGUUGUCGUGUUUUAAGUGGACUUUCUCCUGACAGUGUGUGUGUGUUAAUAACUGGAAAAUUCCCUAUCAGUAGACUAGCACCAUCUUGACAAGCCUGUGUUCUGCUUCUACCUUGCUAAUUGUUUCCUUGGGAUUAUUUGGAUUGUGUAGAAAGCCCUUUGCAAAUCCUCUUAUUACUGAAGUCAUUGUUGCCAGCAGGAAUAAGAUUAAAGGUGCUUAAGUCUGUAGAGUUGUUUCUAAUUUGUUCAUGUCAUUUCAGUGGCAUUUUAACAGAACUCUGUCUCCUGCCCCUCCCUUCUCCCCUGGUACUAUCUCAAGUUAGGUCCAAGAUGCCAGACCAUUGGAAGAAAUCUCACUUUAUCCUCCUAAUUAUUAUGCUGGCACUCCAGAGAUAAUUUUUCCCUUCAUGCACUGCCAAUUAAUAUGCAAAUAAGCUGAUAAAUAUUUAUGUAUUCAUUUAAAUUAUGCAGGGAGUGCUUUCAGUGUAUUCUGUAAAUGAAUUGUUCCUGGACUUCAAAGUGCUGGCUGCUGUGCUAACGAGGAGAGAUUUGCAUAAGGCCCUAAUCACACGCAUACUGAUUAAGCUUCAUUAUGGAAACUGCCAGCUGCAAUCUUUGUUUCUAUUUUAUUACAAAAAGGGGAACUUUUCAUGCUUCAGUUGCCUUGACAAUGUCAGUCCUAGCUGCUAGAAGAGACUAAAACUCCUCUGAGCAACUGAAGUUUCCUUAUUCAGUUGAAGAUUGCUAUGGUGUAACUGAAGUUGUAGUUUGCUUCUCUUGUUAAUUCACUGCCACUCCUCCCACCCUUGUUCUCUUAAGAACCUAGUACAGAUUUGUUAGAAUAGUAGUACCUUCUUUUCCCCACCCCAAACGAUACCUGUUCCUUCUUGCUUUGGACUGUCUGCAUCUCCUGAAGAUUUUACAGCAAUGCUGGACUGCAGUGACUGUGUUCUAGAUUCAAGAAUGAACCAUCCGUCAGAGACCAAUAAACCGUCUAUGGAGAGUGGAGAUGGCAGCACUGGCACACAAACGAAUGGCCUGGACUUUCAGAAACAGCCUGUGCCUGUUGGAGGAGCAAUCUCAACAGCCCAGGCCCAGGCUUUCCUUGGACAUCUCCACCAGGUCCAACUCACUGGGACAAGUUUACAGGCUGCUGCUCAAUCUUUAAACAUUCAGUCUAAAUCUAGUGAGGAAUCGGGGGAUCCGCAGCAGCCAAGCCAGCCUCCUCAGCAGCCGUCCGUGCAGUCAGCCAUCCCCCAGACCCAGCUAAUGCUGGCUGGGGGCCAGAUAACUGGGCUCACUUUGACACCGGCCCAGCAGCAGCUACUCCUACAGCAGGCCCAGGCCCAGGCCCAGCUCCUGGCUGCUGCGGUGCAGCAGCACUCCGCCAGUCAACAGCACAGUGCUGCUGGGGCCACCAUCUCAGCCUCUGCUGCCACACCCAUGACCCAGAUCCCCCUGUCUCAGCCCAUACAGAUUGCACAGGAUCUUCAACAAUUGCAACAGCUUCAACAGCAAAAUCUCAACUUGCAACAGUUUGUGUUGGUGCACCCGACCACCAACUUGCAACCAGCACAGUUUAUCAUCUCACAGACCCCCCAGGGCCAGCAGGGUCUCCUGCAAGCGCAAAAUCUUUUAACGCAACUACCUCAGCAAAGCCAAGCCAACCUCCUACAACCACAGCCAAGCAUCACCCUCACUUCCCAGCCAGCCACCCCAACUCGCACAAUAGCAGCGACCCCAAUUCAGACCCUUCCACAGAGCCAGACGACACCAAAGCGAAUUGAUACUCCCAGCUUGGAGGAGCCCAGUGACCUUGAGGAGCUUGAGCAGUUUGCCAAGACCUUCAAACAAAGACGAAUCAAACUUGGAUUCACUCAGGGUGAUGUUGGGCUCGCUAUGGGGAAAUUAUAUGGAAAUGAUUUCAGCCAAACCACCAUCUCUCGCUUUGAAGCCUUGAACCUCAGCUUUAAGAACAUGUGCAAGUUAAAGCCACUUUUAGAGAAGUGGCUAAAUGAUGCAGAGAACCUCUCAUCUGAUUCUACAGCAUCUAGCCCAAGUGCCCUGAAUUCCCCAGGGUUGGGGGCUGAGGGCUUGAAUCGUAGGAGGAAAAAACGCACCAGCAUAGAGACCAACAUCCGUGUGGCCUUAGAGAAGAGUUUCAUGGAGAAUCAAAAGCCUACCUCGGAAGAUAUCACCUUGAUUGCUGAACAGCUUAAUAUGGAAAAGGAGGUGAUUCGUGUUUGGUUUUGUAACCGCCGCCAGAAGGAGAAAAGAAUCAACCCACCAAGCAGUGGUGGGACCAGCAGCUCACCUAUCAAAGCAAUUUUCCCCAGCCCAACCUCACUGGUGGCAACCACUCCAAGCCUUGUGACAAGCAGUACAGCAACUCCCCUCACAGUCAACCCUGUCCUUCCCUUAACCAGCGCUGCAGUGACUAAUCUCUCUCUUACAGGCACUACAGACACCACAUCCAACAACACAGCCACUGUGAUUUCCACAGCACCCCCUGCUUCGUCAGCAGUCACAUCUCCCUCCUUGAGCCCCUCCCCUUCUGUCUCAGCCUCCACCUCUGAGGCCUCGAGUGCCAGUGAGACCAGCACAACUCAGACCACCUCCACGCCUCUUCCCUCCCCUCUUGGGGCCAGCCAGGUGAUGGUGACAGCAUCUGGCUUGCAAACAGCAGCUGCUGCUGCUCUCCAAGGAGCUGCUGCACAGUUGCCAGCAAAUGCCAGUCUUGCUGCCAUGGCUGCUGCUGCAGGACUCAACCCAGGCCUGAUGGCACCCUCACAGUUUGCUGCUGGCGGUGCCUUACUCAGCCUGAAUCCGGGGACUCUGGGCGGGGCUCUCAGCCCAGCCCUAAUGAGCAACAGUACACUGGCUACCAUCCAAGCUCUUGCUUCUAGUGGUUCUCUUCCAAUAACAUCACUGGAUGCAACUGGGAACCUGGUAUUUGCCAAUGCAGGAGGAGCCCCAAACAUCGUGACUGCCCCCCUGUUCCUGAAUCCUCAGAACCUCUCUCUGCUCACCAGCAACCCAGUAAGCUUGGUUUCUGCCGCCACGGCCUCCACAGGGAACUCCGCCCCUGCAGCCAGCCUUCAUGCCUCCUCCACCUCUGCUGAGUCCAUCCAGAACUCUCUCUUCACGGUAGCCUCUGCCAGUGGGGCUGCUUCCACCACCACCACUGCCUCCAAGGCACAGUGAGCUGGGUGCAGAGCUGGGCUGCCACAGGCCUUCAUCACUGCAGCAUGAUGGGCUGCCAGCUGUGGAGAACUGACAAGUGUGAUCGGCUUCCUCUCACCCACUGUGUUGUGAGGAUGAGGGAGACAUGGAGAGAAGAAAAAAUACACAUGCCAGGAAAAAAAAUGGAGACAGGACAUCGUUUGCCUAAUUUUAUAAUAAAACAAUGUCUUUUCAGGAUUGCUUCAUGGAUUGGAGAACUUUCUAACCAAAAAUUUAAAAGAAAAAAAAAAAACAGAAACAAAAAAAUCAAAAACAGACAGACAAAAAUAAAUGAAAGGACUACUUAUCAUUUCCAGCAGUCAUGAGGACAAGCUAAGGUGGGUUACCAGUUCCAAUAGAGG